GCACUAAAGUGCAAACCCUCGGCUGGUGACAUGAUUAUAAAGAAACCAGAAGACUGAUAUAAUGCAGUGCAUAUAGUGAUGUUGCUAUCAUCAUCAUGCAUGACUUGCACAGCAACUCAGGAGCAAUAAAACUAAACCAGACUGGAGGCAUGCUGAAACAUUUGAGAACAUGUAGUAGUACUAUAGAUAGAUUGGAUUAGGAUCACAGCAAAGAAGCCUGGAGUCUCAGAGAAGUAUGGCUCCAGGUCCUGCAUGGAUCCCUGUCAGCUAAAGCAAGCUUUCUACUUUAGUGACCCUGUCCCAUUGUUCCUGGUAUAUACAGCUUUCUACUUUAGUGACCCUGUUCCAUUGUUUCUGGACCUGGUACAGGAUCACUUCAGUUAUAAGUAACGCAUGUGCAAGUUCUGUUCAAGCUACAUUUUGCUCGCUUUUAUUAGACAACAAAGCUUUAACACCGAAAGCUGCCACUAUUAGAAGUACUGACUUGUUGUGUGGAGGCUACCCAUGCUGUAAACGCAGUGCUAGAGCAUCCAGGUAAGCAGACCCAGUCACAAGCUUCUUAGCUUUUGCUCGUUUUUAUUUGACAACGAAGGUUUAACAUGAAAUUCUGCCACUAUUAAAAUUAAUAACUUGUUGUAUGAAGGCUAUCCAUGCUGUAAACGCAGUGCUGUGGCAUCCAGUUGAGUAGAUUCACCUGUCACAAACAAACAAACAAACAAACCAAACGACUACUAUAACCCGUGGCCGCCCACGCGCCUCGGGUUAAUGACACUAAUAGAGCUCAUUGGAGUUCUUCUGAUUUGCUUUCUGGCUGGCUUCAGCACUGCCCAAUAUUCAGUGAGUGUGGAGAGACCAUGUCCAAUGGAAACAGUCACUUUCACCUGCACUGCUAAUGGAGAUUUCUUAAGAUGGGAACCGUCAGAUGCAGCUCGCACGAUCACUGUACUCUCCACCUCUGGUCUCAAUGUAGCCAAUGUUGUAUCAGGUUACACCGUAACACUGAUUGCAUUCAACGACACUACACUAACAUCUACUCUGUCAAGAACAGCAGAGAAUGGGAUCACUGUGUCCUGCGUGGACCCACUGCCUACUCUAACCACUAUAGGAUCUUCAACGAUCCGAUUGGUUGGUGAGUUGCAGUUAGUGUCUCGUCUAUUGUCUGCAUACACUAAGUUACAUAUAGAUCUACCAGGACCACCUUCCAUCAGACACUCCAUUUCAAGCAGCUCAUCCAUUGAAGUCAGUGUAUCUGUACUGUGGAACCCUCCUACUGAGAUUGGUGGUAGAGAUGACCUCACCUACACAGUGACCAUCUCACCUCCGGCCCAGCUCUCUGCUACUGUCCUCACAUCCACCUCUGUCACUGUGACUGCUCAAUACAAUGUGGACUACACUGUCAGUGUUGUGGCUACCAACUGUGCUGGAAACAGUACAACUGCUGACUACAACUUCAGAGUAGGCGGCUGUCCUGUGCUGACCAACCCCAUAAAUGUAGCCUUUGGACCUGUCUCCAGCAGAUUACCAGGAUCCAUAGUAACCAUCCAGUGUGAUGCUGGGUAUGUAUCUGCUGUUACAAUGGUGACAUGUGAGGGUACACUGAUAUGGAGUCCAGACUCUGAGGCUAUUGAGUGUACAUCACUAACCACACCUACUCCCACAACUCCCCCUCCAAUAAACUGCACGGCUCCACUAUCCCCACCACUUGAACCACCUACAGCUGCUCCAUGUAAUUGUGAUUGUAAUUGCGCCAGCCUAUCUGAUGGGAGUCGAUUUGAUGCAGCUGUCUCCACCAGUGUGGUUGUCACGGCAAUUGUAUUCACGAUAAUAGGAUUAUUUGUGGGACUCUUGAUAAUGUAUUUGUUCAUGCAUAAGAAGAAUGUGUACUCCCCGGCAACUAAAGAGCGAGCUAACGUAGGACCCACUGCACCAGCUGGUCCUGUUUAUGAGGAGGUGUCACCCAAAGAGGAGAUAGAACUGAACACUAACCAGGCGUAUGGACCAGUAAGACUGUGAAACUUAUGGUAAUUUUCAUUAACAGUUAAUGUACAUGUAAACAAUUAAUAUAUAUAGCACUAUACAUCCGUUCAACUAUACUUAAGUAAACAAUAACGUUGUUCAUUAAAA